UCAUGGUGACACGUGGCUACAAAACAAUGUUGAAAUGUUUCUCAAUUAAUAUAUAAGGGAUCUAAGUGUAAUUGGUAAAAAAGAAAGCAAAAAUUAUUUUCUAACGACACAUCACUUGUAAUUUAACAUUUAUCAAAUUUAUACGUGAAAAUCCAUUUGAUAUUAUCUAAUCUACUCUAAUAAUUUAAAAUCUUAUUUUUAUCUACCUAUAUAAUUUUUAAAUGGUCCAACUACUUAUUAUAAUAUGGUCACAUUUACCUAUUAAUUUUUCAAAAUUACAUAUAUGUUUCUUCAUAUAAUAGGAUAUCAAUUAAUUAAACCAUCAUCUUACCAUCUUUAUUAUUAUUUUCAGGCUUUUUUGAACAUAAAAAUAUAGUUUACCAAAACAUAUAUAAUACAAGUACAACUAUCCCUUAUAUAUUAAAUCACAAGUCACUUGAACAAUCAAAAUUUGACAUGUGUCAUAUUUUUAGAAAAAUAAAUAAAAAUAAUAAUAAUUGAAAACAUGUCAUUCAUCCUUUUCUACAACUCCAAAUAAAAUUCCUAAAUUUCCUCAAAAAUCCAUCCCACGUUCAAAAGUUUCAAACUGUUAUUUUUCUUUCUAUAUAAUUUUCUGUCUACCAAUUAGUUCUUUCUUCAUCAUCUCUCUCUUACUCUCUCUUUUUUUCAUUUCGUUUGUUUGUUUGUUUCUUUUUAGAUAUGUAACUGUAACAGCAAAACCUAUGCAAAUUUAUAAUUGAUUUUGUUUUGUAUCUGAGAUGUCAAUUGAAUCAGGCUAAUGUUUUCAAUGCAGAAUGGAAAAAUUAAAAUUCAUCAGUAACCAAGGUAAUGAAGUAUAUUCAAUUCUUUUAUCAGCAAAUUACUUAUUUACUCUCUAAAAGAUUCAUCAUUAGCUUCACUUUGGUUCCAAAUGAGAUUAUGUCUUUCAUUUGUUCAAUUUUCCACCUCUGAUGUAAGAACUUUUAAAUGGUAUCUCUUUUGAAGGGAAAAAAAUAAAAAAAGUUAAAAAAGAAGAAGAAAUAAAAGAAAUAUUCAGGAAAAACUUAUUUACAUAUAAUUGUAUUUGAAUUGUUUGAAAAACAUGUGCAUCUACGGUCACCAUUAUCCUAUUUAUUGUUUAAAUAAAAAAUUUAAAUUGUCAGAGAAACAAAUUGUAAUCAUAAAAAUCAAAUUUUAUUCUCAAUAUUUUUGGAAAAUAAUUGUAAACAUAUAACCAUUUAAAAUAAUAUCAUUUUUGUUUGACCCUCUCCGUUUCAACCUAUUUUUUUAAAUUUGAAUGCUGUGUUAUUCAGGUUCAUAAAAUAUUUGACAGAAAACAAUUUAAUUCUGAGUGAAAAUUAUAACAUGAUCAAAUAAUUUUGAAGACAAUAAAACUGAUCCGUGCUUAACACGGGCAUUGAUACUAGUUUAUUGUUUAAAUAAAAAUAUAUUAUACGUUUUUCUUUUUCUGUUUGUUGUUGUAGUUUAAUGGUGUAAAUAAAAAAUUAUUUUGUUCUUUGUUUUGUAGUUUUAAAAGUGUAACUGAAAUUCUUAAAAAAAUAAAAGAAAAACGCAAUUGAAAAAAACUUAAUGCAUAAAAAGAAAAAAAAAUUCCGUUUUGUAAUUGAAUUUUAUAUAUUUCUAUAUAAAAUAAAAACUUAGAUAAAACAAAAAUUCCUUAUAUUUCUCCCAGUACUUCAUGAUCGCAUGAUUUUCAAAACUGUUAAUCUUCUUCCUGUAGGGGAGGUUAGACUCACGAUCCUAUUCUUAAAAAUAAUUUCUACCUGCAUCAAUAUACUAACCUAAAUUUUUAUAACGGCUCCAUUGACUCUUCCCGUGAAUGAGUGAUGAAAUUUCAAUUUUAGCGGGUAAACAUAAUUUGUGGUUAUUGGAAAAUCAUAAUUUUGCAAUUUUUGGGAAAACGUGAUUUUGGUUUUGGCAGAAAAUCUGAUUUAGUGGUUUUGAUGGAAGAACUUGAUUUAGCUAUUUUGAUGUGGAAAAGAGAUGUUAUGGUUUUAGCGGGAAACCAAAUGUUGCAGUUUAAGUUGGAAUUUUUUUUUUUUUUUUUUGUUUGGUGAAAAACGAUUUUGUGGUUUUGGCUAAAACGUGAUUUUGGCAAACAAACAUGAUUUUGUGUUUUUGACGAGAAAACCUAAUUUUUCAGUUUUGAUUAGAAAACAUAAUUUUCCAGUUUUGAUUAGAAAACAUAUUUUUUCAGUUUGACAGAAAACGUUGUUUUGCGGUUUAACGUAAAAACUUGAAUUGUGGUUUUGAUGGAAAAACCAAUUUGUGAGUGGACUAAGUAAAUCAUAAGUAUAAAAAGACAAAUGAAACGUUACGAUCUCUAACGAUCAAUGACUGGACGCUGUUCUACUUGUUUUCACAUUAUGAACUUACAAAGUGUCUUAUAAUCAAUCCGGUAAUAUACAAUCAAAGUGUCUUGUUUAGUGGGAAAAUUUGAUUUAGCGGAUUGACGAGAAAACCUAAUUUUGCAUCUUUGGUGAUUUUGGUGAGAAAAACAUUUGUGAUUAGUGAGAGAUUUUGUAAUUUAAUUAAAUAUUUCUCAGAUUUUAAUAUUGUAGGUUGAGUUGGUCACUAACUCACUAUAGUUAAGAGGAAAUCAAACUUGUGUUAAUUGUGGAAAAUGUUCUAAGAUGUAAUUAGUAAGUGUAAAAGUGAUCUAGUGUGUAAAUCUUUUUUACUAGAAUUAUAUAAAAAAUAAAAUAAGACUGGCGUUUAUUAUUAUUCUUUAGCGUUUGCCUUUGUAAAUUAUCGAAAAAUAAUUGAGAAAAUUGCCAAAAAAGAACAAAAAAACAACAUAGUUGUCCCUAUGGUAUAAAUCCAACAUUAAGUUGUCCCUAUAGUAUAAUGUUUUCCAUAAUGCCAAAAGUAACCUUUGAUUAAUCACAUUAAACAUAAUUAAUUAGAUUUUUUUUUAAAAUGAAAAAAGGUUGGUUUAAUAUAGUUGCCAAAAGGGGAAAUUUUUUUUUAAAAAAGGGAUCUAAACAUAGCUUCCCCUACCUCCCGUAACCUUAACAUCGAUCUCUCCGACUCUCUCUUUCAUGGCGAGCAAGAUGGUGAUUGUGUCUUCUCCGUUGUGUUUUCUCCGGUGAAAUCAACGAAGACUGCAGCCACCGGUGGAACCCCUUUCUCUUCUCCUACAGACCGAAGACAAACGCAAAGGAGAUUUCAGUGCUUCUCUCUCCACCUCUCCGUGUCUCCGCUUCUCUCCGCCUCUCUCCGCUUCUCUCUUCCUCUCUCCGCCUCUCGCCUCCUCUCCGCCUCUCCCGUUCUCUCCGCCUCUCCGCUACUCUCUGCAUCUCCGCUUCUCUCCACCUCUCCGCCACUCUCUUUCUCUGAAAUCAUGUUGAGCUAAGGUAUUAUGUCCGAACUUUAUCUUUCUUCAUUUCAUGUUCCUCGAUCCGGUUAUUGUUUGAUGUGUCUAUGUGUUUGUGAAUUGAUUUUGUUUGAUAUGGUUUGGUUAAUUGAUUUUGUUUGUAAACAAAAAGAUAGUCUUUGUGUUUCUGAGUUUUGAAUUUGGUUUUGUUCUUGUGUUUGUCUCUGUUUCACUGCAAAGUUUGUUUCUUUGACUUGAAAGAAUAUGUUCUGUAAAACUGAAGGAGAAGAGCUUACCUGAUUUGUGAAUUGUCAUAGUUUGCUACUAUCUAAUUAUAUGAACCAAUUAUGUUUCUGACUUAUGGUUUUGGUUCAUUUCAUGAUUCGUUUCACUAAAAUCAUUUUGUUGUCUUUUGUAGAUAUGGAGUUAGAGCUACCUAAGCGACUGUAUGCAGAGGGUUUGAAACCUCAGGUCAAGAAGAUCAACAAUUGCUGCCGCAUGGAACUUAUCAGGGAUCUGAAGAAAGCCAUGUCUGCAGAGUACAAUGAUGUGAAGAUAGAUCCUGUUUUCAAACAUAUCAUGGCUAUUGCGGAUAACAAGCUCGGUUUUUCAGGAAAAUUGGUGGAUAGUUUCUUGGGUAAGCAGCUGAUUACCUCGAAGAUGCAUGAGAAGUGGUUUGUCUUUGCGAGGAUGCCUCUCCAGUUUUCGCUUCAGGAGUACCAUGCUGUGACAGGCCUCAAAGUUUCUCGGGAAAGCAGCAGUGACGUAGUAACAUGGAAAAAUGACGGGGGGUUUUGGAGUAACCUACUAAGGUCUGGUGAUAAGAUCACCUUGAAGUCGAUCCGAAAGGUGCAUCUAAAAGAAGUUCACAAGUGGACACGGAUUGAUAGAAUGAGGUUGAUCUACCUGUGUGUGAUAAUGGGUGUGGUGAUGGGGAGAGAUGAGAAGGUGAACAUCCCUUAUAUGUACAUCAAGUUGGUGAUGGAUCUUGACAAGCUCCAGAAGUUCCAUUGGAGUCUUCACUCGUAUGACUUCCUGCUAAGUUCCAUUGAGAAGGCUAGGAAGAAGUUGGGUAAGAAGGACAGCUACAUUUUUGAGGGUUUCUCAUAUGCUCUCCAGAUUUGGAUUAUGGAAGCAAUUCCUGAUUUUGGAGAAAUAUGUGGGAGACACGUCUCUUGCAGCUUCAUCGGUCCAAGGUGUGGCAAUUGGAAAGGAGUUGCAAACGUUUCUUACGAAGACAUCAUUGAGCUUGAGGACUCCUUAACUAAGAAGGUAACUAUCUCACAUUGUUUUCUUAUAUAUGGUUGUUGUAUAAAAUUUGUAUAGCUUUUAAUGUUUUAACUGUUUUACAGGGUGACUUGUUCUCGGUUAUUUCAGUGACUGGUAAUGGUGAUAUGUUUCAGCAUGUUGACUAUACAAGGAAGGGUGAGAUGGAAGAUGAACGAGUGGACCUUCUUCAAGAUAGGAUCAGACAGAAGUUUGAUUGGAGCUCCACAUAAUGGCCAGUUUUAGAGCCUGGAGUGACUGAAAUGGAGGAAGCCGACAGCCAGGAUAGAGGGUCAGCAGCUGAUAAGAAUGUGGCUGAUACUGAUGUUUUAGCAGAGGAGGAGACCUCUUCGGUCACAGUUGCAAGAAAAGGCAAGAGAAAGGUUCUUGAUGAAGGAGCAGUGACAAAAAAGAAGAAGUUGUUGUGUAAACGAUCUGCAAUGAAUAUUUGAGGAAGUUAGAAUACUUUUAGAAUAUUUUGACGCGAAAUAGCACCGUUUUCAUAAAAAUGUGAAUUUUAUUAUCAUUGACAGUGUGAAAACACAUUUUAGGAAGUUAGAAUAUUUUUAGAAUAUUUUUAAACUGCAACUUCCUUAAUUUUUGAAAAAACAGUUUUUUUUUAUCCAUAGAAGGCACUUUCUACACUAUGUAAAACAUAACAAAAUUCCAGAAUUUAAUUUCUACACUAUGUGAACGUUCGUGUAUAGUUUAGAUUUUGCAUUCCUGAUAACUUAGAAUACUCCAUAAAAGUAAAAACAUCGUUCUAAAUAAAAGUAGCGAUCAUUACAAAUAGUAGAAUUUAUAUUUCCCAUAUUUAGAAUUAUAGUAAAAAGUAGUUUGUACGUUCUAAAAAAAGUAGAUGGAUAUGUUCGUUCUAGAAUUCAUUUUCUACUCAUCCGUUUUGUGUAGAAGCGGAAUUCUACUUUAGUAGAACGUAAUUUGAAAACAUUAUUUAUUAUGUUUUUUAACCCUAAAAAAAUAUGUGUUUGUAUAAAUGGAUGUUUUAUUAAUUUUUUAUAUUUUUAAUAAUUUUUUUUUAUUCUUAAAACUAUUUAUUUCAUUAAUUUUAACAUAUGAAAAGAGUAAAAGGGAGAAAAAAUGGUAAAUAAUGGAUUUAUACCAUAAAGACAACUGU